UAAAUAGAUUAAGGAACAAAAAAAGAACAACCAACGACACAUCAAAGAAUCAAAAGUUGUCACUCUUUCACUUCACUCUCACUCAGCUGAAGAAUGAGUCGCCAUCCAGAAGUUCUUUGGGCACAGCGUUCUGGUAAGGUUUACCUGACUAUUGCUCUACCUGAUGCCAAGGAUGUUUCUGUGAAGUGUGAGCCUCAGGGUUUGUUUAUCUUCUCUGCUUCUAGGGUUCAACAUGAAUCCUACAGCUUUAGCUUGGAACUUUACGGAUCAAUUCAACCUGAGGGUUGUAAAACUAAAACUGGCUCAAGAAACAUACUAUGCUCAAUUCAGAAAGGACAAAGAGGUUGGUGGAAAAGAUUACUGAAGUCUGAAGAGAAACCUGCACCAUACCUGAAGGUUGAUUGGAAUAAAUGGUGCGAUGAAGAUGAAGAGUCAGAAUCUGAACCGAUAUCUGAUGAUGAUGGACGGUUUGCUGGUGAAGAUGAUGAAAGCAGUGACGACGAAGGAAUGUUAUAUCUCCCUGACUUGGAAAAGGCUAGGGCAAAGUAACUCUGACAGUAGCAACAAAGGUUGAUGAAGCUUCAAGGAGAUGGAGUUAUAUGGAAGUGUUAGAUAGGUGCAUGGAUAGACUACUUUAUAAGAAACAAUGAUAUUAUUGUAGCUAUCCUGUAUAUAUAAAAUCUGAGUAGUGCUUUGGAAUCUGAAAACAAUCUUGUUUUUCUUUGAUUAUUUGGCACUAAAUUUAGCUAGCUAUCUUUGUUGUGAAUGUUGGUUGCAUCACAUAAUCUAACAUCUUUUAUUUAAA